AUGAUUGAACGGCUAUUAGAACAACGCCAAGCUGUUGAAAGUGUAUUUCUGAAUCCUGAAUUUAUAAAUACAGCUUUUUCUAAAAAAUUGCUUUCAAGCAAUUUAGAAUGGAAUUAUUUAAAAGCUCUUGUCAUAAUAUUAAAACCAUUUGAAGUAGCAACAACAUUAAUGUCCAGUCAAUCUGAGUCAACUAUUGCAGUGGUACCGCCACUUAUUUAUUGGAUGAUAGAUAAAUUUUUAAAACAUAAUGAUACGAACGACUUUACAAAAAUUCGAUUACUUAAACAAGUAUUUCAAGAAGAAUUGGUAGCCCGGGUUUUAAACGAAGACUGCGAUUCCGUAUGUGCAUUAGCCUGGUUUUUGGAUCCUAGAUACAAGAAUAUGGCUGAUGAAACUCAAGAGUAUCGAGACUCUGUCCAAGAAAAACUUUUAAAGAUUAUGGCCAACGACAUUUUUCAAGGGAUAUCAGUAGUUGCCAAUAAAAACAAAAGAGAGAAGGACUUGGAUUAUCUUUUCAAUUAUUUGUUUGCCUUUGUUGCCUCAUCUGCGACUUCACCACAAAAUAAGCAAAAUAUUUCCAUCAUUCCCUUUUUUACGAGGCCUCGCGAGGUACAGUUGAUGACGUUGAAGGUUCAGUCUCUUCAAGGCGACGUUUUGCUGCUGCAAUUUUACUAUAGUACGCUAUAG